GGAGCGGCUCGGCUGCAGGUUGAACCUUGCCACCUGAAAGACUUAACCACAGAGUUCCUCUGAGACAAGCAGAAUUACUGAAUUCAGGAGGCUGAAGAUGCUGCUGCUGCUGUGGGAGCAGCUGCUCCUGGUGUCAUUUGUUGGCUGCCUUGCAGAUGUGGAGAGCUCCAGGACGAAGAUGAGGAGCGCGGUGUCGGUGCGGGAGGGCCAGGGGGUCGUGCUGCUCUGUGGGACCCCGCCCCGGGCAGGAGGUGUGAUGGGGGAAUACGAGCCCAAGAUAGAAGUUCAGUUCCCGGAGACACUGGCAGCAGCCAAAGGCUCCACUGUGAAGCUGGAGUGCUUUGCCCUGGGAAACCCUGUGCCUCAGAUUAACUGGAGAAGAACUGACGGGCUGCCAUUUCCAAGUAAAAUAAAGCUGAGGAAAUCCAAUGGCAUGAUUGAAAUCCCUAAUUUCCAGCAGGAGGAUGCAGGGCUCUAUGAAUGUAUUACUGAGAACUCCAGAGGCAAAAACAUUGCAAGAGGACGUCUCACUUACUAUGCAAAGCCUCACUGGCUGCAGACCAUAAAGGAUGUGGAAGUUGCUGUGGAGGACACCUUAUACUGGGACUGCAGAGCAAGUGGGAAGCCCAAACCAUCCUACAGGUGGCUGAAGAAUGGAGAGCAGCUGGCAAUAGAGGGAAGGAUCCAAAUUGAAAAUGGUGCACUUACAAUAUCAAAUCUAAAUCUGACAGAUUCUGGCAGAUACCAGUGCAUAGCUGAAAAUAAACAUGGUGUCAUCUCUUCGAGUGCAGAGCUCAGGGUUGUAGCUUCUGCUCCGGAUUUUUCCAAGAGUCCAAUGAAGAAACUGAUCCAGGUUCAGAUAGGCAGCACAGUUGAUUUUGAGUGCAAACCCAAAGCUUUCCCUAAGGCCAAAUGUUCCUGGAAGAAGGGAGGUGAGCAGCUACACGAAAAUGAAAGGAUCACACUGUUAAAGGAUGGAGGACUGAGGGUAGCCAACGUGACCAAGGGGGAUGCUGGCAGCUACACGUGCCUGGCCACAAACCAGUUUGGAGCAGCCAGGGGCUCCACCAGCCUGGUGGUUACAGAGCCAACCAGGAUCACCCUGGCACCUUCCAACAUGGAUGUCACCGUGGGGGAGAGCGUGGUGCUGCCCUGCCAGGUGCAGCACGAUCCCCUGCUGGACAUCAGCUUCACCUGGUACUUCAAUGGCACCCUCACAGACUUCCAGAGGGAUGCCUCUCACUUCGAGAAGGUUGGAGGGAGUGCCUCGGGUGAUUUGAUGAUCAGGAACAUCCAGCUGAAGCACAGUGGGAAGUACGUGUGCAUGGUGAAGACAGAGGUGGACAGCGUGGCCUCUGCUGCAGACCUCAUUGUGCGAGGCUCUCCUGGGCCCCCUGAGCACGUGAAGGUGGACGAGAUCACGGACACCACUGCCCAGAUCUCCUGGCAGGAGGGCACAGACAACCACAGCCCCGUGACCACCUACACCAUCCAGGCCAGGACUCCCUUCUCCGUGGGCUGGCAGCGAGCCACCACAGUUCCCGAUGUGAUCGAUGGGAAAACCUUCACCAGCACAGUAGUGGAUUUAAAUCCUUGGGUUGAAUAUGAAUUUCGUGUAGUUGCCAGUAACAAAAUAGGAGGUGGAGAGCCUAGUUUGCCCUCAGAAAAAGUAAGAACUGAAGAGGCAGUUCCUGAAAUUCCCCCAUCUGAGGUCAGUGGGGGAGGAGGCAGCAGAUCUGAACUGGUCAUAACGUGGGAUCCCGUCCCCGAGGAGCUGCAGAACGGGGAAGGCUUUGGCUACGUGGUUGCCUUCCGCCCCUCGGGCACCACCACCUGGAUCCAGACCGUGGUGACCUCUCCUGACACCCCCAGAUACGUGUUCAGGAACGAGAGCAUCCUGCCCUUCUCCCCCUACGAGGUCAAAGUCGGGGUGUACAACAACAAAGGAGAGGGGCCCUUCAGCGCCGUGGCCACCGUGUUCUCAGCAGAGGAAGAGCCCAGCACAGCCCCCUCAGGAGUGUCUGCCACCAGCCUGUCCUCCUCAGCCAUCCAGGUGUCCUGGACAGCCAUUCCCUGGAAGAUGAGCAAUGGAAGGCUGCUGGGCUAUGAGGUUAGGUACUGGAACAAUGGCCAAAAAGAAGAAUCUUCAAACAGAAUAAAAGCAGCAGGGAAUGAAACAUCAAUAAAAAUUACGGGGUUGAGGAGCAACUUGGCUUAUUACACAGCAGUCCGUGCCUACAACAGUGCUGGAGCAGGGCCCUUCAGUGCCACCGUCAAUGCCACCACCAAAAAGCCACCACCCAGCCAACCUCCAGGAAACGUGGUGUGGAAUGUCACAGACUCCAGAGUCAUCCUGAGCUGGGAGGAGGUCAGAGCCAUGGACAACGAGUCCGAGGUCACAGGGUACAAGGUUCUGUACAGGACCAGCAGCCAGAGCAGGGUGGAGGUGCUGAGCACGGCCAGCACCACGGCCGAGCUGUGGCUGCGCCUGCAGGACGAUUAUUUCAUCGAGGUCAGAGCCACCACGGAGGGGGGAGAUGGCAGCAGCAGCCAGCAGAUCCUCAUCCCCAGGCUCGCCAGUAUGGAUGCAAGAGGUUCUGGUCCAUCAGUCUUGAGUAUCUCCAGUGUCUCCAGCUUCUUAGCAACAAUAUUUUCCUUGACCCUUAAUUCCAUGUUGUGCUGAUACAUUUGCAUUUGCUGGGGGAAAAAAAAUUG